CGAGGCUGCGUCGGGUGCAGUUCCCUGGCCGCGCUGCCGUAGCCAUUCUGGCUCGAGCCGCCUGGCUCACGAUCGCCGGUCUCGGCCUCUCGUCUGCUCUGGCCUCUCGGCUCGUCGGCCCCCCCCGUUGAAGCGCGUCACUCGCCUCUGGUCACGGGAUGGCCAGUCUGGAAAGGCUAAUGCAGACCAGGACCGGGCGCGCGCGGGCAAGGCGCCUCGGGUUGCUGGGGCCCCCGGCGGGUCAGCAGCUCGCCUGCGCCGUGCCCGACGGGCCGAUGCCCCCUGCAGAUGCCGGGGACGAGUCCGCGGGCCUGGUGGACGUAUUCUCCCGUGGCUCGAAGAACCACCACAGGGGCCAAUGCAGGCCGUGUCACAGCAACGGGAGCGGCCUUCCGUGCCCACGCAGUGAGACGUGCGAUUGUUGCCACUACUGCCACGGGCUGGACAAGUUCCUCGACAUGAAGCGUUACACUACCGUGACUACGAAGCGCAAGCGCUUUGGCGCAGAUGCUGAAUGGCCGACCGCAUCUGCUUCCGGUGAGGCGCCUCGGUCAACUCAGCAGGAGACGACGCAGCAGGAUGAGUGGUGCGCCACCAGCUUGCCGGUCCUGUGCCUGCCAGGUGUGGCGUCUGCCCUCAGGCACCUCAGCCCCCAGCAGCUUGCGGCGAUGCUCAGGGAGGCGGCGCCGGACUACUACGAGGACUGACGCGGUGCUGCAGGUGGCGGGUGUCCUGGAGGAGGUGAAUUUUCAUCGCAGAGCAGACGAGAGUGAGGGGUCCGAACGGCCUUACACCGUCCGUGGGUGCGACGUCGCGCCGUCGAACGGCUUCGCAUUGACGCUCGAGUCUCGCGACCCGCUUCCCGUUUUUCUGCAACUGCAGAUCCGCGCCGGCUGCGGGUUGGCCGACUCUAAGAUGGACAGGGCCAACGGCUGGUUUGAGCCCCACAGCCUAACAAGGCAGCCUGGACACUCUUGACAGCAGUGAAAUGUUUUUAUUCGCGCUCGCAAGUGCAAUGUGUGCUGCUUGUUCUUUACAGCUGCCUACGGAAGUUCCGCCACCGUGCUUGGGUUGCGUGCUAUCUGCAUAAUGAUGAGAUG